CGUCCCGCUGCACAGCCGGCGGCUGCGGCGUCUCCGAGCAACGGCGGGCGGAAGCGGCGGAGCGGAGCGGGCGGUAUAUGUCCCUCCAGGGUCACUGCCAUGGUACUGAAGGUGUUCUUUCCAUCGUGCUGCUCCUCGGCAGACAGCGGCAUUUUGAUCGGCCGCUGGAUCUCCGAGCAGAACUCCGCUAUCAUCCUGGCUGUGGUGCACUUCCCCUUUAUCCCUGUCCAGGUGAAGCAGUACCUUGCGGAAGUUCAGCGCGUGACUAAAGUCAGUGUUACUGUGCUUGGCUCAUGGAGCAACAGCAAACAGGAGAAAGAAGAGAGUCUCAGUGAGUUCUUGGAAGACCUUGGGACCAUAUUCUGUCAUGAGCCAUGGAUCCAGAUAAGCAAAGAGGGAGACAGCAAAUUCUGGAGCUGUUCUACCCUUCAGAAACACUCUAAGAACCCUCAGGAGGAAGAAAUCAUCUUGGUGUACUAUGACCAGCGCAAGGUCAUGCUUUCCCAUCUGCACCCCCUUUUGGACGCAGCUGGCCAGAGGGCAGAGGAUGCCUCAAAGCUCUCGGCCAUCUUUGACACGGUGGCCAGGAGCCAGGUCCUGUUCAUGACGGACAGGUACGACGAGGGGCCCAUCAAGCUGACCCACUGGCAGUCGGAUGGGGUGGAGGCCAGUAUCAUCGUGGAGCUGCUGAAGCAGGCCUCCGUGCCUGCCUGCAUGCUGCUGUCAUUCCUGCUCUCGCUGGUCUCUGGGAUCUGCAGGAGCAGGGUGCUGAAGUUUUGGCCUUUGUCUUUCUUGUGGAGCAAGCUCUCAACUUGUGAGCAGCUGGGACAUCGCCUGCAGCACCUCCAGGUCAUCAGCAGCAAUAAGAAGGCUCAGAACCAAAAUCAGCUGAUGAGGAAAGCCAACAUCUUUGUGUCUCUGCUGAUUGAUGUGGCCCUGGGGAUACUGCUGAUGUCGUGGCUGUACAGGAAGAACCGCAUUGGUCACCUUGCUGAGACUCUCAUCCCUGUGGCCGACCACGUGGCUGAAGAGCUGCAGGACCUGCUCCAGUGGCUGAUGGGAGCACCAGCUGGACUGAAAAUGAACCGAGCCUUGGAUCAAGUUUUGGGCCGCUUCUUUCUUUAUCACAUCCAUCUUUGGAUCAGCUACAUCCACCUGCUGUCCCCCUUCAUUGAGAUGAUCCUGUGGUACGUGGGGCUGUCGGCUUGUCUGGGCCUCACCGUGGCUCUCUGCAUCCUCUCCGACAUCAUGGCGCUCCUGACCUUCCACAUCUACUGCUUCUAUGUCUACGGGGCCAGGCUCUACUGCCUGAAGAUCUAUGGCCUGUCGUCUCUGUGGCGCCUGUUCCGGGGGAAGAAGUGGAACGUGCUGCGGCAGCGGGUGGAUUCCUGCUCCUACGACCUGGACCAGUUGUUUAUUGGCACUUUGCUGUUCACAAUCCUGCUGUUCCUCCUGCCUACAACUGCGCUGUAUUAUUUGGUGUUUACCCUGCUCCGGUUGCUGGUGGUGAUUGUGCAGGGCCUCAUACACUUGCUGGUGGACCUGAUUGAUUCCCUGCCUCUUUAUUCCCUCAUCCUUCGCCUCUGCAGGUCCUACAGGCUUGCAGCUGGAGUGAAGUUCAGAGUCCUUGAGCAGCAGGAUGGAAAACCUCUGCGGCUCCUUAUGCAGAUCAACCCCCUCUCCUAUGGAGGUGUGGUCCAGACGUACAGAUUGCCCACCUACAGCUGCUAUCCCAGGGACUCCUGGGCAUCUCUCUGCAAGAAGCUGUUCCUUGGAGAGCUCAUCUACCCUUGGAAACACAAAGGAGACAAGCAGAACUAAAGACAGUGGAAGAACUUAGGAAUUUGACUGAAAAACAUGCCAACUCCUAAUGCUUUGGGACCAAAGGCUGCUCAGAGACAGCAACUGCUCCAUCCCUUUAAAUAGAUUUUGUUAACAUAAGAAGGGCUGAAUUUUUAAAGGCAAGUAUUUUUAAACAUUAUUUUUCAACUUUCUCUUCCCCUUCACUGUGUUUGUAUAUUAUGCUAAUGAUUAUUUUGGAAGCAAAAGGUUAAACCUGUCAGUGCCUCAUGAAACCAGCACUCAGUGUCGUGGAGGAAGCAGCUCCCAAAUGGUUUGGUGAUGAAUUUCUCCUUCCACGUCAGCUCGCAGGGCCAUAGCAAAGCAGCCCCUCAGGUGGUUCAGAGCCACAGUGCUGUGGUGCCUUCAGCCAGAGCGUGUUUUGGACCAUUUAUGCUUCAGCCUUCAAGCCAGCUGAUCAAAACCAUGUGGAGAAUCAGCUUGUGGAGUCCUACACUGAAAACUGAACAGCUGGGUGUCUGAGUUUGUAUGAUAUUUAUUAAUUUCUUAUUGAGGAGGGCUUGCACUCACCCUCAAUGCAGCACCAGAGAAGGUGUUGAAAGAGCAGGGCUAGAGGCCCAGAAGCACAGACUGUUGUAUCAUGAUUCUGUGAUUUCUCUUAGGAGAGUUUUUUGCUUUGGAUACAUUUCCAAAGUGCAUCAGUGCUUGGCUUUCCAUGUCCUGGUCUCAUUUUGAUGUGUCUCCUAUUCUCUCUCUUGGAAAGGGUGCCUGUGCACUGGAGGGUGAUGGCCCACUGGGCAUGCUGUGGUUGUGUCAAAUUUAAAUACAGUCCUUACCCAAAAUACACUUCCUCCAGCUCUGCUUGUUCCUCUGCCCCAGCUCAAGCAAGAGGCCAGUGUCACUGUACCCUGCUUUUUGCACUGGCAGGUGAGGGCUGUGCUGGAUCCUGCCCCUUUUUCCCUGGCUGGCCAAGGAACGAAGGAUGGAGGAGGAAGAGGAGAAGGUGCUGUGGCUGCAGUGCCAGCCCUUCUCUGGAUGGCUGCCUCUGGAUUCCAGUGGGUGUUGGCAGGGCAAGGUGCCCUGGGGCUUUAGAAUCCUUCAGUCAGCACUCCCAGGGACAGGGUCAGAGUUUCCUGUCCCAGCCCUGUGUCUCAUCCAUGUGCUGGCAGCUGUCACAGAAGAGAAGGGUUAUGCCCCCCGUACUUUAAGACAUCCCUGGCCAGAUUUGGGUUGUCUGGAGCUGCUGAAAGCCCCUCAUGGUGCAGUCACUGCCUCUGCAGGCAUAGCCUGAGCAGGAGAAAAGGAAGCUCUGCAGGCAGGUGCAUGGUCCAGGCAUUCCUCAGCAGACAAAGCUCCAAGGCCUUCGAGGUUUCUUAGGGACAUGCAAGGGAGGCAGGACUACAUGGGCACUACAUGAUGCCCUGUCACCUUGAGCCAGGGCACAUCACUGGGGAAAGCCAGUGUGGCAACGCCCCACCACCAUCUGCCACUGCGGGCUCUGGCUGGGACAUCCCUGCCUGCAGAAACUGGAGAGAGCUUGUUCUUUGGUGAUCCGUGCUUAAAACUCCUGUGCAGCAUCUUCUUGUCUUGGAAUUAUCACUGCCUGAGUAAUUCUUCACAUUCGAGGUGGGAAUAAAUGCAGGCUGUGAUGCAUUAAGUGGAUACAUGGUCUAAAUAACAUUUUCACUUCAGCUGAAGUUAGAGUCGUAAGCCAUCCUCACCUGGCACUGAGCAGAGCAGGUUUACACCUUACCUCCCUCUCAUCUUUCCCCUGGAGCUCCUAAAUGAUAUCCCCUGGUUCCUCCCACGCCUGCACAGUUCACUGCUGUGAGAAACUUUGUUAUUUUCGGUCUUGUGAAGGUAAUGUUUCAAUAUCCUGGCUUUUAAAAUCUUUCUCUGAGACCAGACAGUUCAUGAUGGUCCUGAUCAUGGUCCUUUGGGAUCAAAUGCCAUGAAAGCCCCAGAGACGGCACAGAGCCAUGAAAACCAGCAACUGUGACCUUCCUAUUGGUAACCUGCCAGAUGUAUCAGAUGUUCCAGUGUUGGGUUUGUUUACUAAAGGCUGAUACUGACUCUGGGGUGGGGAAAUACUAAACUGAGGAAAGGCUCUUCCUCAAACCUGAGAUCUUGAGUCUUCUGCAACAGAGAACCUUGAGCAGCCUGGCUGGGCAGUGGCAGCUCCUUGUGGGUGCAGUUCUCCUGUGUCACCCAGAGCUGGUGCCUGAGCUGCCUCUCUGCUCCUCACCCUGGGUGUUCUCCUUGCCUGUGAUGGUAUCUGUGCAUCUCAGUUGCUUCUGCUGGAUGUUUGCCACGUCUCUCCUCUUCCUUUCCAUUCUCUGCCCUGAGUCUUCCCCCACCCUUUUCCGACUCUGUGCAGACAUUACAACAACGUAGCAGACAUCCUGCUCAAGAACACUUGACCUUAUGUCAUCUCUCUAAUUAGAAGUUAGGAUCAGCCUGGUCUUCCACAGCAGCAGAGUGGCCCAGCAGUGGCAUUUCCUCAGGGAAAAGGCUGCUGGUAAGGCUCUGGCUCUGAUUUAUCCUCAGAUCCAUAUUAUCCACAGCAACCCUUGGAUGAGAAAUAGUUAAAAAUUCCAGAUCUGCCAUUCCUACCACGCACCCCUUAUAGCAGGCAGCAAGCAGGCUUUGCCAGUCAUCAGUCAAAGACUCUAAUCUUACAGACUUUUUUUAAUACUGCAUUUCCUUAUUAUUAUUUCUCCCACCUUUUGGUUCCCAGUGCUGCCACAAACCCCCUCUUUACUUAGGCAGGGGGUUUGUGAAGGAAAAUGUGAUUCACUGUGUGAAAAACUGUAUCCUAGAGAGAAAUUCUGUCUUGGAGAAAUACUUUCUUCCCCUAACCAGGAUAGCAUGUGACAAUGCUGAAAGGAAACCUCAGUAAUUACACUGCACUGCAGGCUCUGGUUAUGGGUUUGGGAGUUUUCCCUGAUGCUGCAGCUGGACUGUGCUCUGUUCAGGUCCACAGAAAGAUUCUUACACAGAUAUACAACCCAUAUGUUGACUUUCAGUAGUGUAAGGCAGGAAAAUCUGCAUUUCACCCUGCAGAGAAUGAGCUGCUUUCCUCCUGCCCUGUGCUGUCUCUUCCUGCUGCUACAGCACCAUCUUCUUGCUUAACUCUAGCCCUCAGUGAUUUACCCUUUAUGCUUAGACCUGCUGGUUACACCAUCACAGGAAACUGCUGGAGGUUGUGAUAUCUGCUCCAGCCCUUGCUCACGCAGAGCCCCUCAAGGCUGGCUGCCUAGGACCUUGUCCAGGUGGCUUUGGGAUAUCUCCAAGGAUGGCAACUCCAGCACCUCCCUGGACAGCCUGUGCCAGUGCUUGGUUAGGGCGCUAACCAAGUGAGAAGGUGUUCCCUGCUCUCAGGCAGGGUUUGAUGUGUUUCAGUUCGUGUCCCUUGUCCUCGUGUUGUGCAGAGCUCAGUGACACCGUAACUCAGAUUGCCUCAGUGAAUGUGAACAUAAGCAGACCUGUGUCAUCUGCUCCUGUUCCCCCUCUUCUGGGACUGCUCAGCAGCCCCUUUGCCUUUUGGGGGCUAAAGCCCUGGUUAGGGGGGUGUCUGUGCAUUGAUUCAGAUCCCUGACCUGCUCCUUGGUCCUUUUCUGGACUUGGUAGCAGAAAACACUUUCUCUCCAGCCACACUCGUGCCUGUGCUGAACUCACAGUGGGAGCUCUGGGGGCUUGGGCAGCACAACCCCAAACCUGGCAGUGUCCAUGUCUGCAGGGUCAGGGAACAGCCUAAGUGUGGAGCCCUGGGGCUCUGCAGGCUCACACAGGGGAUGGAUGUGGAUCUCAGCUGAUCUUCCACAUGACGGGAGGCCACAGGGCUUCCCAGCUGGAUCGGGAGUUUUGGGUGCAGGAUAAACACAUUCAGAGCAAUCCAAGCCCCACGUGGGCAGCUGAUCUGCUUUCCUGGGUGAGAACACAGUGCCCACCACCUUUGCCUCUGGCUCACCAUUUUGAAUCAGGAGUUGCUGCAGGAGUCUGUCACCUUUGGUUCCAGUCCUUAUCCACACCUGGGCCUCAAACCGGGCGUGCUCUGACUCCCUAUUUACCAUCUCAGCAAGCUAAAUUGCAGUGUUGCUGCACUGAGUCCUGCAGGGGACACAGCAUCACCCUGCAUUCCCAGGCAGGUGCUGGGGCUGGGAGCAGUGGAGAUGUUUGGGGGAAGCUGCAGAACUCAAGCCCAGCUCAGGACAGGGAUAGGCUGCAGCUCCUCUCCCAUCCACUGUGUUAUUUAACAUGUGGCACUGGGGAAGUUCAUGAGAACUCCACAGUUCUCAUAAUCAAUCCUCCUCACAGGGUUUUCUGGUUUUAAGUAAAGUAUUAUAAAAGA